CCUGCCCGCGACCCUCUCAAGGUUAUGAAAAAGGCCAAGGAGAGGGGGACAAAACAAAUCCACUAUGAAAGAAAUAAUGGAUGGAGCUCAAGAUGGUAUAAUUUGCAAUCUAGAAUUGAAGAUUGACGAUAGUGACAAUGCAUCCACUGGUUCUGCUGCAGCAAAAGAAUUGCGCCCUUCUCAAUGCAAGAGAGGAAUUUCAUCCAAUCCUCACGUACGCACUGCAUUCAAGCGGCCAAGAGUCGUUGAAGAAAUGCAUUCGUUGCCGUGCGUUAAGAAACCUCAUACUAACAGCGUGGAAUCUCUGACAGGGCGGCUAUGUUCCUUUCAGUCCCAUAACUGGAAAGGAGAUCCUGGUGCCACGGUGCCUGCAGACAAGGGACAGGGCGCUUCGUCUCGUGCGUUAGAUGAGAGCGAAGACCUCGAUGAUUCCUUGCUGGAGCUGGAGGAAAAGGACCUCGAUGAAGAUGAUCUACUUAACCUUACAUCUGAGGAAAUCGAUAAGAUUCUCCAGGAAUCAGAUGAUGACGCUGAUGAUAAUACUGAUUCACUCAGAUUUGUCGAUGCCCUUAAUGAGCAUCAAUGUCGGGAUAACAGUCGGCCCUCUGCGUCUCUCCCAAAUACACCACAGUUGCCCAAAAGCUGCCUUGUUCGUGAUGAAUUGGAAACGACUUGUUCAGGUAAUGUCUCGUUGACAGAUUUUACUGUGUUGAAGUUGACCAAAGAGGUUAAUCAAAGUCUCAAAGUUACGGAACAGCGUAAUCACAAUUGUCCUCGUGAAAAUACUGAAUUAGAGAUAUCAAAACAGCCUUAUUAUCUCUCGGCUAACAAGGUAGCUGAGAUAAACCCGAAGCAAAAUGGUGCAGAUGCAGAAACUGAGAGGGAAAACCAUGAAGCCAGCAGCAGUGAAGAAGAACCUGACGCUCAGGAGAAGAUGCUUAGAACAGCCUCGACAAGCCCUUCACCAAAUGUGCUCAACGGCGACAAUAUGUUAACGUUGAGUGAGCAAAAUAUUCCUGAAGAACAGGCUGAUGAUGGAAGGGUAAAAGAACCCCCCAGCAUUCCUGGAUCGAGUAAUGAAGUAGUUCCUGACCUGAAGGCUGCCAGUCGGCAUAAGCAGAGUAUUGCAGAGUCUCCAAAGGGGAAGGCAUCACGGAAAUGUACGACAGCUAAAUCACCCAGAGCACGUCCAGAAACAAGACAGAAAACAAGAUUGAAUGCAAUAUUUGAUGAGAAGAUAGAAAGGCAGAAACAUACAUAUUUUAAGGAUGUUUCAAACCACUUGAACGAAAAAUAUAAGAAUCCAGGACCGAUACCAGAAUUACUCUUUUUGAUGGACGAGGUGGCGAUGGAAAAUCACUUCCCUUUUCAGCAGCACCCCUCAGACCUCACAGCCAGAAAUUAUAUGAAAAGGCAUAGGUUUGUUGAGACUGAUCUCCACGAAUGGGCAAGCCUGAAUGGGGAUAUUCCCCGUUUCGGUGACAUUGCAUUUUCUCUCCAGCGUGACCCUCUCCCCUAGUUGCCUUUGGUGUCCAAUCGGUUACGUCUCUAGGACUUUCAAAGCACAGAGAUUCAAGUUCGAUCUGUGUGGAUUUGUUUUGGGCGAGUUUCGACUGGAUAUUUGUACUCUGCAGUGUGAUCCUGUGUUUAAGGAGAAAACGGCGUAUUUAGUCUUAACAAGGUGUGUGCCUAACUGAGGGCACAGCUGUCUGCAUGAAUUGGAGGAACGAAGAGAUAUAUUCUGCUGCCUGGCUGCAGAAUCAAAAGACUCCCUGGAAAGUUGUAUGAACAGGAGCAGAUGUAAUUUUUGCUUAUUUUAAAAUAAGCCUUCAUUAAUGUCUAAAUCCGAUUGCCAGCUGAAUGAUUAGGCAAUCGAGAGACAUAUUUUAAUGUGUUAUUUUGAAUCUGGUACACAGUAAUCACGAUAAUGAUAGAC